AUGUUCGGCACGUUCUGCUCUAGUGAGGUUCGAGACGAAUCAGGAAACAUCGAGGCGAAGACCUUCGUCCCUGGCGCCAACCCGUUCGGCCAGGUAUCUGGUGGGAGCUUGGUUUUCACAGGGGUAGUCUUGCCCAUCUCAACACCACUCAAAUUUGACCCAAAUAUAUGGGAGGUCCGCAGCGGUCGAGCAUGCAUUGCCAGGGUCCUCUUAGAUUGGUUACCUGCUGGGGAGGAGGAACCCUGCCACGGUCUUUCACUGGUGCUACUCGGAAGCAUUUUGGACGAAGUUGAUAGCGACGAAGAACUUGAUAGCGACGAAGAGCUUGAUAGCGACGAAGAGCUUGAUAGCGACGAAGAGCUUGAUAGCGACGAAGAGCUUGAUAGCGACGAAGAGCUUGAUAGCGACGAAGAGCUUGAUAGCGACGAAGAGCUUGAUAGUAACGAAGAGCUUGAUAGCGACGAAGAGCUUGAUAGCGACGAAGAGCUUGAUAGCGACGAAGAGCUUGAUAGCGACGAAGAGCUUGAUAGCGACGAAGAGCUUGAUAGCGACGAAGAGCUUGAUAGCGACGAAGAGCUUGAUAGCAACGAAGAGCUUGAUAGCGACGAAGAGCUUGAUAGCGACGAAGAGCUUGAUAGCGACGAAGAAGUCGAGAGCGGAGAAUUCGAAGGGGGACCCGAUCAAAUGAUAAGAAGCCCAGCCAACGCAAGCAGGUCAAGUAGUGAAAACGAGGAGGACGAUUUUGUCAGCAGACAUCGGCCUGGUCGAUCCAGCGACGGGAUUCGUACAGAGAACGACGCCCUCCGAGCUGCCUAUGGCAUUGUCGUUCAUCCAGCUAAAAGUCCUGGCAAGUAUAUUCGCGUUGGCGUGUUCAGCUCAAUGCCGAGAGGCUUCAGUAAGUCCCUAUCGGAUGAACCGACGUGGAGCACUGUCAACUGUGGUGGUCUCAGCUAUUUUCAAAGCCACGAGCCUACUACCAUAGAGAUCAUCUGA